UAAUAUAAUGAGAAAUAAUGAGGCUGAAUUUUGAUUUUAAGUUCUAUAAUUAUUUUUUUAUAAUAUCAUGCUCACCCAAGGCUUAUCCCAAAUAUGUCCACAGUUUGAGAUAUUUUCAGUUGGGGGAGCAGUCACAAGAUAUCAUGGUUAGCCUCAAUUUCCUCUCCAUUACCAGACCUCACGUUAUAGCUUCCUCUUUACCGAACGACAGACCCCAUUUACCUCCUCAUCCCAAUUCUCUUCCAAGAACAAAUAAUUCAACCCCACCACAAUUUCAUCAGCAAGAAAAGCUAAAGCCAAAGCAAAAGCAAAGGCAGUCUUCUAUUGCAGAAAUUGAAAGGGCUAUCGGUGCUGGCAUUUUUCGAGAAAAUGACACGAACAGGGAGUCGGAAGGGAAUAAGAAUUUGUUUGAUAGUAUAUUGACGAAUUCUGUUGGGAAGGAUGAAGGGUCUGUGGAGAAGAAACUGCGGGAGACUGGAGAAUGGAUCAUUGAUCAAACUGAAAGAACUUCGCGCUCUUCUGGAAAGCAAAUUCUCAUGACGGUGUUUCUAUGGGUUCUGCCAAUGUGGAUAGUUGCAUUUCUUGUAGCUUCUGGGAUCUUACAGCUGCCCUUCAGCACCCCUUUUCUUGACGAUAUAAUUUCGUGAAGAAUAGUUGGAAUCAAACUUUUAUGCAACUGAUCUCUGUCGAUGGGUGCACGCUGUUUCACGUGCUCAAUCACACAGUAAAUACUACUGUCUCGAAAUCCAAGGGAAAGAUGCAUUUAUUAUAUAGCAGAGGCCAGUUUGCACACUGGUUUAUGUAUAUUGUGUAGGGGCAAUAUGUGAAACUUCCACUUUGAUUCCAUUAAAAAUUUUCGUGUGGGGGAUUGUAAAUUUUAUUAUUAAUUUUAAUCAUUUUCGAAUUUU